AUGCAGGUCUAUGGGACUAUUCAGGUGAUGCCAGAUGUGUAUUUUUCUCCCUGCCUUGGCACAUUUAUAUAUCCCCCUUUUCUUUGCAUUUCCUCACUUUUUAGAUCUGGUGGUGAUGCUUUGAUUAAUGUGCGUUGCAUUAAGUCCUGCCACCCUCAUGACAUCAGCUGCAAUAUCAACACCGUCCAGACCAUCACCCACACCUCCCUCUCUCUGCCAACCUUCAGAGGCUUCCAUGAACCAGAGGAAAUAAUUUUCCUGCGGACAGUUACACCAGCUAACUCUGAUGUACCAGGCGCCACCGAUGUGUUCUUUGAAAUCCAGUCUGCAGAUGACCAGUUCUCUUUUGAUGUGGAGAAACGCACCCACCAUGACAUGAUUAUGGGUGUGGUUCGGCAGGUGAAACCUAUCAUUGGCCCCAGGGACCUUGUGAUAGAGGUGGCUAUGAACUAUAUCAAGUCAAGGGCUGUCUCUCAUCGCAACAUUGUCAUCAUCCAUGUUUUCAUCUCUGAGUUAUGGUUCUGAGCUCAGCUAAGGAGUUAUUAGUUACCUAGCAAUAAAUAAGUUGGCAAACAUUUUGAAUUGGGUAACAAUUUCAGCAUGCUAACAUGCUUGCAGUGACAGUGCUAAGCUAAUGCAAAUAUUUA